UUGUAGUAUUUUUAUAUACUGCUCAAAAGAAGUUGGGAAGCUGGUCCGGAUGAGGAGCCAUUCUGCACCUUUUUACACAUUAUUUUUCCCCCAGAGUGCCACGAGAGGACACAGCAGCCAUUUUUUUUAAUUGUUAAUGGGAAUCUGUUUGAAAAGCUGCUUUAAUUCUUUUUUUUAUUGCAAUGACAAUGGAUCAAAUCACUACAUUUACAACCCCAGAGAGACUGAUCAUGCGACGUAGCUCUUCUGCUCCUCCUUAGUUCGGAGUAUUUGGCAUCUUGUUGUUUCGUUUUUACGGCCUACUGUUUCGGUUCAGCCUCUCUGUUCGUGACAACAUUGUUUCCACAUGCAGCGAACAGAUGUUUCCACCGUCCCCCACCUCCACCUGAACGGCGUCAGACAAAGCAUCAUCAUGGCUGUCUCGUCCCCCUCGUCCAACCUCCUGCUCCUUCUCCUCAUUUCCUCCCUGGAUUGGCUGUCCACUCCAGGAUCUGCGUUUCUCAUUGACUGGGACCACAUGACAUCAUCAGCUCCCCUUGAGCCUCAUUUCACAGAGUGCAUAUCAAGGGACCAGGAGACAUUCCGCUGCUGGUGGAGUCCAGGCACCUUCCACAACCUGUCCUCCCCCGGAGCCCUCCGAGUCUUCUACCUUAAGAAGGAGUCUCCCACCAGUGAAUGGAAGGAGUGUCCCGAGUAUAUCCAUUCAAAUAGGGAGUGCUUCUUUGACGUAAACCACACGUCCGUUUGGAUCCCCUACUGCAUGCAGCUCCGCGGCCAGAACAACGUCACCUAUUUCAACGAAGACGACUGUUUCACUGUGGAGAAUAUCGUGCGUCCUGACCCACCAGUGUCUCUAAACUGGACCUUGUUGAACAUAAGUCCCUCUGGCCUCAGUUAUGAUGUCAUGGUCAACUGGGAGCCUCCACCCUCUGCAGACGUUGGGGCAGGCUGGAUGCGAAUCGAGUACGAGAUCCAGUACAGAGAGAGAAAUUCCACGAACUGGGAAGCGUUGGAGAUCCAGCCGCACACUCAGCAGACAAUCUUCGGUCUGCACAUAGGAAAAGAGUACGAAGUGCACAUCCGCUGCAGGAUGCAGGCCUUCGUUAAGUUUGGCGAGUUCAGCGACUCCGUCUUCAUUCAAGUGACUGAGAUUCCUACCAAAGAGUCCACUAUCCCUCUCACUCUGGUUCUUGUUUUUGGGAUUCUGGGGAUCCUCAUACUCAUCAUGCUGAUUGUCGUCUCUCAGCAGCACAGAUUGAUGAUGGUUCUGUUGCCACCCGUUCCUGCACCCAAAAUCAAAGGCAUCGAUUCAGAGCUGUUAAAGAAGGGGAAGCUGGACGAGCUGAACUUCAUCCUGACUGGUGGAGGUAUGGGCGGCCUGCCCACGUACGCACCGGAUUUCUACCAAGACGAGCCGUGGGUGGAGUUCAUCGAGGUGGAUGCGGACGACGGAGACAGCGGAGGGAAGGAGGACAACCGGGGCUCGGACACCCAGAGGCUCCUGGGUCUGCCCCAUCCCGUCAGCCACCGCAUGAACAUGGGCUGCUCCAACGCCAUCAGCUUCCCGGAUGACGACUCAGGCCGGGCCAGCUGCUACGACGCAGAUCUGCCCGAGCAGGACACGCUGAUGCUGAUGGCCACCCUUCUGCCGGGUCAACCCGAGGACGAAGAAGCCUCCCUCGAUGUUGAAGAACGAGCCUCGGAGAGAAGCGAAAGGUCCCUCGUCCCAACCCAAACUGGAGGGCCCCAGACUUGGGUCAACACAGACUUCUACGCUCAGGUCAGCAAUGUCAUGCCCUCUGGCGGUGUGGUGCUGUCUCCCGGCCAGCAGCUCCGGAUCCAGGAGAGCACCUCGGCCACGGAGGACGAACCACACAAGGGAAAGGAGGGCGAGGACGGCGACGAGACCGAGGAGCUGAAGCAAAAAGAGCUGCAGUUCCAGCUGUUAGUGGUGGAUCCAGAGGGAAACGGCUACACCACCGAGAGCAACGUCCGACAGAUCAGCACUCCCCCCAGCUCUCCCGCGCCCGGCGAGGGCUACCAAACCAUCCACCCUCAGCCGGUGGAGACCAAACCUGCGGCGACGGCAGAGGAUAAUCAGUCACCGUACAUUCUUCCUGACUCUCCCCAGUCCCAGUUCUUUGCCCCCGUUGCAGACUAUACCGUGGUGCAGGAGUUGGACAGUCAUCACAGCCUGCUCCUCAACCCGCCUCCCCGCCAGUCGCCCCCUCCCUGCCUGCCACAGCACCCGCUCAAAGCCCCCAUGCCGGUGGGCUACAUUACCCCCGACCUGCUGGGGAACCUCUCACCGUGAAGUGACAAUGCCCGCAGAGGCUGAUCGACCAGGAAGUCACCCCCUACCUGAUUCCUGCUGGAAACCAAAUAACUUGAGCGUUGACGAGCGUGUACAGGUGUCUUGUUUUCAGAGGCUGCUGCGAGGGAGGCGCGAGAAGCUGCGAGCUAUACUCUUUAACUGUUCUGCUAAAUCAGUUAAUUUGACGCAGAGGCGGCCAAAAGUCAACAUCACAAACCAAAUGCACAGUUUGCUCUUUUCGUCAACAUCCACGUAUGAUUGUAACGAGUCAAACAAAACAAAAACAAAACACCUUGUCCGCGCUUACCUGCCUUAGAUCGCAUUACAUCUCCGGCUGAUGUCGUUUGGAGCGACGGCAUUGUUGAAGUCUUAAUCUUACAGAAUGAUUUCGGUGUGCGAUUGAUGGAGGGAAGCACAUUCUAGUCACGCCACACAGAGAAGUCGUUGAUACCGUUUGCGCCGCAGAGGUUUUAUAUUCUUACGUUUCUUAUCUCAUCGUGUCAUCUAAUUAGUAACUCACUUUCGCUAGAGAUGUAUUUUUAUAUAAAAACCCAACCUAAUACACUGUUAAACACAGCUAUGCAGAUUUACCUUGCAUUCCUGGCUUUUCAUUUUGUCUACACGUAAGAUGUUCAUAUUUUUAUGAAUGAACUGGCCAAAUUUAGAUUAUAUGAUGUCAAGAUAUUUUUAUUCUUAUCGCUACAACUUUAAUAGAAGAAAUGCUUUCACCAACUGAAUGUACACACAAAUAGUCAGGGCAACCAGAAAGCAAAGUCAGAAGAGUCUGCGUUAUAUUAUCACGAUUAUAACUCUUUCUUUCUGUGGGGAAUGAUGACAGGCAGUUUGGCUAAAUGAAGGAAAUGGCUAACUGAAGUGGACAUUAAAACAAACAGAAAGAAAAGACAGAUAAAAGGGAAAUAAUAAUAAAAAAAACUUGAUUAAUUAAUUCCCUGAUUAAACUGUUGCAGUGUGGAAUUUUCCUCUUAACCUGAGGUUAUUCAUUUCCAUUUUUAUUUUAACAACAACACAGAGAACGUAUGUUAUUUGCAGCAGUGAAGUGCAGCUCUUUAGUACAAGGACGGAUCCAUUCAGAUGAACUCGCAUACGGGAGCCGCUCUGUACAAACCGUGCUGUGCAACACGGAGCAUCACCAAGUGCCUUGCUCGAGGGCACGUUGAUGUGGUUAUUUAGCAAGAGGAAAGGGACACACACACACACACAUAUAUAUAUAGCAGACUCCAGGUGUUGCAUUACAUUAAACAGGCUCCCCUUUACAACCAGCACCCACUCAUAAUCUGUUCGACCUGAACUAUCGAGCUUUCUGCUUGGGGAUUGUAUUCUUCUCACGUUGUAUUGUUACUGCAGGGACAGCAACUGGAACAAGUUGAAAGACUGUGAAAGUAUGUAAUAGAUGUAAUUAGCUAACACUUUAUACUUAUCAUCUGCCAAGUACACCAUGUUAACAGCCUGUGCCUAUGGUAGUGUAAUUAGCUGGCCAUUCCUGUGCUAUGGUACUACGCUUGCAUAAUUUGUACAUUUAUGCAUCGCUAUGUACAGACACGUACUGCUAUGUGCAAAUGGAUUUGUGGACAUUUCUGUGCACAGAUUCGCUGAUUAAAAAAUCUGGUAACAUGCAUGCAUGCAUGCAGAUAUACACACACGACACGUAAAAAGAUUGCCUUAAUUAUAUAUUUCAUUUUGCCUUCCUGAAGUGGUCAGGAAAAUUAUGAGCUGAAAAUUGUUCAGCACCAAACCAUAAUUUGCAUGUUUCAGUCACGCUCAUAAAACUGACAACAAUUUCAAACCAGAAACGUUUAUCAGGGCGAGUAGUGGAAGUCCUAGAGUUUGGAGUUCAGGUCUGACAGGGCUACAUCCAGACAGGUACGUAGACGUUUCCCCACAAACAGCUGAUUCAGAUACAGCAGGCAACAUGGGUGUAAUUAGGCAGGGAUCCUUUAUGAGUGCGUCCAACAACUUUGCAUAGAAAUAUAAAAUUCAGGGCAUUAUGUUGGCAGAAUUGUUUUGCUUAAUCGAUUAUUUAGCCGCAUUAGCUGAUAGUGUAGGCUUGUCGUUGGUUCAUGGACGUUGUAGCCUUUUAUAUAAUGGUCUGUGUGAGAUAGCCGAGGAGACCUUUUGUAAAGGUUCUGGCCUCCUCGUGUGUUUUCAUCCUAUGAAUUCUAUCAUGAAGACUUGACAAUAUGCGCGUCACAAAGACAACAGCAUAGCACGCUGUGUAUAUAAGCAGUCCGAACAUAGAGCUUGUCUUAUAUGCAUGGUUUUGUGAUACAACACAAUGAGUUUUCAUUUUCAACAAGUCUAUGAAUGAAUCCAAGGCAUUGUUAUUGCGUAACAUCCACGCAACCUCCAAAUGAGCACUUCUUGCCAUAAACAAAAUAUGCGCAAAGGAAACGUAUCCAGCCUUUGAAUUGUGUUGUUUUGGACUCAUCCUGCAGAUAUGUAGGCUAAUGACUUGGAUAUCUUUUUGUAUCAGACAAUCCCAUAACAAAGAGAGACAAAAGCAAGAGCCAUAACAAGACAGUUUUGAAAAAUGUGAAUCUGAUAAAUGUGUGCCAUUUCUCUCUUUCUGUCUCUCUCUCUUUGAAAAGAACUCAGUGUUCUGUUGUUGCUGCCUAGUUGGGAUGAAACCAGCAACUCAGUGCUGUUGCAGAAAUGUCUUAAUAUAUUUACUAGUGCUGUAAAAAUUUACAAGUAUAUAUUUUUAUGUCAUUAAUGUUACUAGUCACGAUAUAUUGCUGCUCGGUACAUGUAUUUUUCCUACAUUCAGCCUUACCUGUGUUGGGAAGGGGCUCAGCGGAGAGGGGUGCACCGGUCGCUGUAUUGUGUACAAUCGUAAAGUGUUUUGUGAUAAAAACUUGCAAAAUUGGAUGAGACCAAUAUCUGAGAAUGGUCUGCGGCCUGAAGGUAUGAUUCGGUUUGGUUACGCGUAGCAUUACGGUGGGACUGUCGACAGCGUUCAUACCUAUCAGAUACCCAGAAGGUGCUCUGUGUUCAUGAAGGAGGGUCAGAUAACGGACUGUCGAGGUUCAGUUUCAUUCGUGCCAUGGUGAUCGUGAAUGUGUGCAAACUGGAAUAUGCAAUGCAAUUACAUAACUAAGGAAAAGUUGGAAAAAAAAAAAAAGUUUUUACAGUGAGAUCGAUAAAUUGGGUGGUGCUUUUUUUUUUUCUUUUUUUUUUCAAGCUUACUGUACAGAUGUUUACUACAUUAUUUUGUUUUUUUUCCAGUUCACGAUGCGCUCGUUCAAAAUGUAGUGUAAAAAAAAAAAGAAAAAGAAAAAAUAGCAAGUGUUAUUUCAAGCUUAUAAAUGUGACAGACACUUUAGAGGAAGCACUUUGUACACACACACAUAUAUAUAUAUAUGUAUAUAUAUAUAUCUGAUGUUUAAAACAGUAUUCAGAUUUUGUAUCUCAUCUAAAUCAAACGUGUGAAUUACUUGUUACUAUAAAACAGCUUGAUGUUUUGUAGUCCGCACAAUAAUCUGACGGCGAGGAACCUUCGAUAUCAAUAAGCUUCGGUUUUUGUUCUUACAGAGUUUUAUGUUUAUAGAACGUAUUUUACACUAACAGAUUGCUAGGAUGAUGUACUGUAAUGGAGUAUUUCAUAUUUGCUAUAAGAUUUAUGGAUAGAUAAAAGCAGAUAGAUCUUUUAUGAAGUCAUAUCAAACUAUAGGCAGAGUGUACGCAGUUACGCUGUAACUCGACGCUCUUUAUUUUUCUCCCACUAUGUGAUUUCAGCAUUUCGUUAUUGAAGAAGUGCAUUUUUUUGACGGGGCUCAGAUAUUUUAUAAUGAUGCGUUUUGGCCCUCCAGCCUCUUCGGGUUUUUUGCAUCCAGGGUGGCUUUUGUCGCUCUAUUAGGUCUGGAAGUAAUCAUGCUGGAAUUUGUGCUGGUUGUUGCUCUUUAUCAAACAAAGAGCACCGAGCUGCACAUUUUUCAGCUAGUUAGGGGAAUGGUUUAAUUCUUGACUUGAGUACAGCGGUAUACAGUUUUUUUUUGUUUGUUUGUUUUUUUUGACAUUUAGUGGCUCCACUCUAUAUUUCUGUCCAUGUGUUAUUUAUUUGUCUGUGCAGAGCCCCUUAAAACACCCUCCCUCCUCACUUUAUCACGGUUAAUGUCAUCUCUGCCGUGUGUCAACCAGGCUCGUAAAAAACUGGAAAUAGUAGACGUGCAACACUUGGAAACAUCUGCAUUGUGAUCUCAAGUGUGAAAAAAAAAAAAUGCCAUGAUUUAGCAGUUUGUUAAUAUGACUCCAUAUUUUCGUGCCACAAUUUUCAGCCCCCCGGAGCCACUGUCCUUGUCUGUCGGCUGCUGUUUUACUCAGGGUCAAGAACUGUUGUUGAUCUUUUGAUGAUUUGAUAUUGUUCUCUUACCAAUUGAGCCUUUCUGGUGUUGUAUGUGUGAUCAAUAAGCUCUCGACAAGUUAGACAAUAAAUAUACAGCAUCUUGUGCAUCA